GGGACACCAAAUUCAUCUGCUGAAGUGGAAUGUGCUAGCACCACUGUGUCUGUACGAACGAAUAUUUCGAGCUCAGUGCUUCAGAAAAUUCUUAAUGUUGAAGAAUCAUUGAUUGGACUGUACUGUGUAGUAGAAUAUGAGAACAUGCCAUAUCCAGGAUUGAUUCUUGACGUUGAUGAAAAUGAUUUAGAGGUUAAAGUGAUGCACAGAAUUGGUGUAAAUAGAUUUUUUUGGCCGUUAUUGGAGGACAGGAUAUGGUACCAUAAACAGAAAGUGGUAACUUUACUCAAGGAAGAACCACAGAAGGUCACAAACAGGCACCGUGAACUUCCGUCAAUAAUUUGGAAGUGCAUCGUGUCAGAAAUGAAUUUAGAUUCUUAAGACUGACCUAUAUAAAUUCUGAGUGUUUUUUCUCUCGUUGUUUGAUUAUCAAAGCAGAGACUCAGUAAAUAUUAUCAAAUAUGGCCGCAUAUAUGAUACUAUUACACAUUUGGUAAUUAAAUUAUAAUUAAUGUGUGUUAGCUCUAUAUGUUACAAAAUUUUGAAUG